GUUCACAUAAAUACGGGCAGUCAUUCAAAUGGCUCAUCCAGAUCCAGUUGGUCAAAAUCGGGUAAAAAUUCGGACAUGUUUGUUGUGGCGAGUCAAAACACACUGAAAUCUCACGUCUUGCGAGAUUUGAGUUGUUGCAGAAAGUUACCGCUGGAGUGACCUCACAAACGCGAGGAGUUACUCUGUUUGGAGUAGUUAUGGCUGAAUUUUUGGUGUGCACAUAUAACCAAACAGAGUUAAGCCUCGCUAUAACUGCUGGUGAGCAACCCUUGGAAACUGUGUUGUGUGGUCAAUAAUGAGGAGGCUCGUUGUCCUUUUACACCGCCAUUUAUUCUCUGAACCGGAACAGGAUAUGUAGUGGUCAGUCAUACAUUUGGCUCAUUACAGGCAGCUCACAGAACAGCAUGUUAUGUUAGCAUAAAGCUAGCUGUUUCACAAAGUGCAUAGAGUCGAUAUCUGGACACUCUAUCCCUCAAAGUCGUAACACAUAAACUCGUAACUCACUGCAGUUACAUUUUCAUAAUACAGUCCAUAUAUGUUCAUUAAUGUCUGUAUGUGUUCACAGUCCACAUACAGACAUUAAUACACGAUAUUUGUUCACAGUCUUGUAAAAAGCCAAUGUACAUGACCUGAUCUGCACAAAACAGCAGACAGACACAGUUAGAGACUUACUGGUGAACACAGUGGAGCAUAUAAGGUAAUGAUGUAUCAGUGUUGUGUCCGCAGCUUGUUGGGCCAACAGACAUUAACGACCUCAAGACUGAACAUUUCACUGAAUUUUUAUCAGGGAGCCAAAAUGGCGAAUUUUCCAGUGAAGCUCUGGAAAGCUCUAGAGGAAUUAAAAGACGAUGAGUUCAAGAAAUUCAAGUGGUUCCUGAAGCAGGAUAACAUCUCAGCGGCUCAGCUGGAGAAGGCGGACAGGCAGGACACAGUGGAUCUGAUGGCACAAAAAUAUGGCGGCAAUGGAGCCGUGAAGGAAACCAUGACGGUCUUAGAGAAGAUCAGCAGGAUUGAUCUGGUGCAGGGUUUGAAAAACUCCUGCCUGAGCUCAAAAGACCUCAGGCCGACAGAUUUUGGUGCUCUCAAAGACGAUCAUGAAAGAAAGCAAGCCGAGCUGAAGGGUGCCCAGCAGUUUGCAGUGGACGUGACUCUGGAUCCUAACUUCACCCGGCCUGGUGAUCGAGAACACGUCCGCUGUGGUGAUGUGAGAAGGACGCUACUACUCAACCCUGAGAUAAUUUACAGAUGUGUGUGUUGGAAUGGCCAAAGAGUUGAUCAAAAGGAAGAGACCAAUCACAACAAGUCCUGAGAAUCACUACUGGACUUCAUGGUUGAGGGACGGAGAUGAGCAUAGUGCCAAUGAUAAAAACCCUGUCUAGGGAUGCACAAUAAUAUCAGCACGUCAUUGGUUAUCAGUCGAUAUUGGCUUUAUAAUGAACUAUCAGAAUCAGCCAACAUGAUUUUUCCUAUUUUGCACAAUGAAUGAAUAUUACGUUCACUGAAAAGUAUUUCAUGUCGCCAUCUGCUGGAGGGCCGUCAUGUCAAGAGUAUGUCUGUAUAACAUGAUGUUAAUGCCACUACAGAAGAGACUUGAUGAUCCCUGAAAUUAGGUGGGGAAAAAGUGGAUAUAUCGAUAUAGGUAUCAGUAAAUGAGUUGUCACAUAUCGCCAUAUUGAGUAUCUGCAAAAAAUCCAAUAUCAUGCAUCCCUGGUGUGAUCCGUCCCAACUGGCGCCCUCAGAAGGUGGGACUGUUUGUGGAGUACGACAAGGGAGUGGUCUCCUUUCAUGCUCCUCUGAUUAUUGCUCAUAUUAAACACACUGAUUAGAUUCAUCCUUUGUUUUCCCAGAAUAAAUGAUAAUGCAUGACUGAAAUUCUACUUUAUUCUGUUUCCUUAAAGUCAGUGGUGGAAAUGGACAGUUUUUACUAGUGGAACCCUUGGAUGUGGGUGGAUGGGCUCCGGACAACGGACGCGGACCCCACCUGCAUCCCCAUGUUCGGAAAAUUAAGAUAAUCAUUAGAGAUAUAAACAAAUGAUGCUUUUCUGCAUUGCACAAUAAUGUAGGAUACACUUUGUUCAGAUUAACUCAGUUGAUUUUACGCAUUACCAUGAAAGCUACACUAAAAAAAAGAUUACCAAGAUCUACUGAUUAUGUACUAAACACGUUUUCCAAGCAAAUACAACAUGCUAACGUUAUUAGCGCCAGCCUAUGGCAUUUUACAUUGUAUACAUUAGCCUAGCGAUGAGCGGAGAUUUCCUCUGCUCACAUGAAACCAGGAUAAAUCCCAAAGUAUAAAUCCCUGAAGGAUAAAUCACACACAAGACUUAAAAUGCUAUCUAUUUUAGUGGAGGCUUUAUUGUCUUCACAAUUUAAUGUUACUUAUCUGUGAAAUUAAAGUAAAUACAAGAUUCAUUUCCACUGAGGGAAAUGGUCUCAGCUUACAGAAACUGACAGGAGGUCUGCGUCACCGCAACGCUGAGCGUGAGGGUGGGCGAGUUCAACUUUCUGUCAACAAAGGGGGUGUUUUCACAGGUAACUUAGCCACAGCGAUUAUUCGACUAAUGAAAAUUUGGUCAGACGAGAGCAUAGCAACCAAAUAAUUGACGAGUCGACCAGGAGACUACAGCCAUACAACUGUGAAGCUAUUCCUGUAAUUAUCCGCAGCAUUCUCUAUUCACUAUAAUAGACUGUGCAUACAGACAUGAGAACAAGCUAGCUAAUGAAAAUAACACUAGGUAGCGUUAGCUAGUCUAAAGCUUUCAAUCCUCUGUCAGAAGUUAGUUCAUCUCAUGUAAAACCUUCACAUAGAGUAACUGGCUAAUAUCUCUGACUAAAUUAAACCAGCAAGGCUUGCUAAUCUAUGUCUAUAACGGCUAGCUAACACCUUGGCUGGUAUACUAGCUACCAUAUCAGGCUGUUACCAAGGCUAGCUGGUAAGCUAACAUUAACAUUACUAACAAGCUAGCAAGCGUGUUAGCUAGCUAGCUUUAACACACAGUACACAAUGCUAUAAUAAACACAAAAUCAUCAAACAAUCAAGAUUAAUGUUAUUUUAACAAGACUAGAUAUGUCAAAGACACCACCAAUGUUUGAGGAAAUUCAAGCGAACUGAACUCCCACCAUCAACAGCUUCAUAACUUAGCAGCUACCGUUGCUGUUCGUGUGUCAGUCUUUCAAGUUCUCCUCAGACAACGCACUUUGGCAAAAAAUGUAGCUGUCUCGAGCUGGCAGGGAUGAAUUCCCAUUGGCUGUUGGGGCUGCAGAUGGAUUCAGUGCGCUUAGGUGCUUUCGGCAAAAGGAGCGUGCAGUUUAGAAACACUGUAAAACCUAGAGUUGUACCGAUACCAGUAUCGAAGAUGCCUCUGAUACUGCCUAAAAUGUGGUAUUGGAUAUCGGCGAGUACAGCCUAUGACCAAUCCGAUAUCACGUAAUGCCUCACGUCAUUACGCAUACGCACGCUACAGGCAAACACAACAGAAACGGAGUGGAGUUUAAAAAGCAUUCUACUGUAGCCUUUAAAAUGUCUUUUUUACUAAAUUGUGUGGCUGCACUUUAACCUGUGUCUUGAUCUGUGUCAACACUGGAUAAUAAUAAAAUAAAA